UGCGAUCAGUAAGCUAGCUAGCUCUGAUAAGGCAGCAUGGCCACACCUCGUCGUCUUAGUGAGCUCCUCAUGGUCAGCUGCUUCCUGCUUCAGGCUAUCAGCGCCCACGCAAUCACCCGACACUACAAGUUCAAUGUGGUUAUGAGGAACAUGACACGACUUUGCUCAACCAAGCCCAUCCUCACAGUGAAUGGCAAGUUCCCGGGGCCGGCCCUCUAUACAAGAGAAGGCGAUAAUGUUCUUGUCAAGGUCGUCAAUCAUGUACCUCACAACAUUACCAUCCACUGGCAUGGGGUAAGGCAGAUCAGGACCGGGUGGUAUGAUGGACCGGCCUACAUUACACAGUGCCCAAUCCAGCCAGGGAGCAGCUUUCUGUACAAUUUCACCGUUACCGGCCAACGUGGUACACUUUUCUGGCAUGCCCAUAUCAACUGGCUGAGGGCUACUGUCCAUGGUGCUAUUGUCAUCCUCCCCAAGCUUGGAGUGCCCUACCCCUUUCCUGCUCCUCACAAGGAGGCAGUUGUUGUCCUAGGGGAAUGGUGGAAAGCAGACACAGAAACUGUAAUUAACCAGGCCAUGCAACUAGGUGUAGGACCCAAUAUUUCUGAUUCGCACACCAUCAACGGCCACCCUGGUCCGAUGUCUGAUUGUGCCUCCUCACAAGACGGGUUCAAGAUCAAUGUCGAAAAUGGCAAGACAUAUAUGCUGCGGAUCAUCAAUGCGGCGCUUAAUGACGACCUAUUCUUGAAGCUUGCCGGACACAAACUAACUGUGGUUGAGGUUGAUGCAGUCUAUACCAAGCCAUAUAAAACCGAUAUCCUGCUCAUCACUCCAGGCCAGACCACCAAUGUCCUUGUGACUGCUGACCAAAGUGCUGGCCGUUACCUUCUCUCAGUCUCUCCCUUCAUGGAUGCUCCCUUACAGGUUGACAACAAAACAGGCACAGCUAUCUUGAACUAUGCCAACACCAUCUCUGCUACAGCACGCCUAACUUUCGUCAAGCCACCACCGCAAAAUGCCACCCCUAUUGCGUCGAAAUUCGUUGAGUCACUCCGAAGCCUCAACUCAAAGGAGUACCCAGCCAAUGUGCCACAGACAGUAGAGCACUCACUUUUCUUAACCAUUGGUGUGGGUGUCAAUCCAUGCCCGAACUGCAUUAAUGGGACAAGAGUGGUAGGCGCAAUCAACAAUCUGACAUUCGUUAUGCCAUCCACCCCAAUUCUCCAAGCAAAUUAUUACAACAUUCCAGGGGUGUUCACAGAAGACUUCCCAGCAACACCACCACACAAGUUCAACUACACAGGAAGCGGCCCAAAAAACCUUCAAACCAUGAAUGGAACCAGGGUUUAUAGGCUGCCAUACAAUGCUUCAGUGCAGGUCCUACUCCAGGAUACGGGGAUCCUAUCAACAGAAAGCCACCCAAUCCAUCUGCAUGGCUUUAACUUUUUUGUGGUUGGGAGGGGUGUUGGGAAUUACAACCCCAAGACCUCCCCUUUAACAUUUAACCUCAUCGAUCCCGUUGAGAGAAACACCAUUGGAGUUCCUACCGGAGGCUGGACAGCAAUCAGAUUUAGGGCUGAUAACCCAGGUGUUUGGUUUAUGCAUUGCCAUUUCGAGGUACACACGUCGUGGGGACUCAAGAUGGUAUUUGUGGUGGACAAUGGGAAAGGGCCCAGUGAGACUCUAAUUCCACCACCCAAAGAUCUUCCCCAGUGCUGAUUACAAGAAGAGUAAUUGACAAAUCGGCUUUAGUCCAAUUAUGAAAACAAAUUCCGGAACAUCAAACAGUGGCGAUUUACUCGGUGUGCUUUUGCUUGGCUCCUUUGGCCAAACAUUCUCCUCUGCUUUUUUUGGGCAUGAUUGACAAGAUAUUGUAUACAGGAAUUAU